AUGUUGGACAACAUAGUACAGAGCAGCAACUUCGAUCGCGAUGAAGUCGAAAGACUCCGCAAGCGGUUUAUGAAGCUUGACAAGGACAACAACGGCACAAUCGAGCGCGAUGAAUUCCUCUCCCUCCCUCAGGUCUCGUCCAACCCUCUGGCGACGCGCAUGAUUGCCAUCUUCGACGAGGAUGGUGGCGGCGAUGUCGACUUUCAAGAGUUUGUGUCGGGCCUUAGCGCAUUCAGCUCCAAGGGCAAUAAGGAAGAGAAGCUGCGGUUUGCAUUCAAGGUCUACGAUAUCGAUCGGGACGGCUUCAUCAGCAACGGCGAGCUGUUCAUCGUCCUGAAGAUGAUGGUGGGGAGCAACCUGAAGGACCAACAAUUGCAGCAGAUUGUGGAUAAAACCAUCAUGGAGGCGGACCUCGAUCACGAUGGGAAGAUCAGCUUCGAGGAAUUCACAAAGAUGGUGGAGAAUACCGAUGUCUCAAUAAGCAUGACUCUGGGUGAGUGUUUCGUGUGA